AUGGGGGCACAGCAGGCGCCCGGAGAGCGCGGGACUGAGCCAGGGUGCUGGGAGACGGGGGUGCAGGCAACUGGGGAACGGCCACCCCUGGACUGCUGGGGCUUCUUGUCGGUUCAGGCACAUGCGUUCCCUUGGACGGCCCUGGGGACGCGUGGGGGGGUUCAGGUGCUGCACUUCGGGUGUGAAGGGGGGUCUUACGUCAGCACCGAGCUGAGUCAGGGCUGUGCCAGAGGCUGCGACCUGUGCUCCGAGUUCAACGGGUGCCUGAGAUGUUCCCCCAAGCUCUUCAUCCUUCUGGAGAGGAAUGAUAUCCGGCAAAUUGGGAUCUGCCUUCCCUCUUGUCCACUGGGAUACUUCGGCCUUCGCAAUACAGACAUGAACAAGUGCAUCAAAUGCAAAAUUGAGAACUGUGAGUCCUGUUUCAGUCGAAACUUUUGCACAAAAUGUAAGGAAGGUUUGUAUUUGCACAAAGGGAGAUGUUACGUCACAUGCCCCGAAGGCUACUCUGCUGCCAACGGCACCAUGGAGUGCAGCAGUCCUGCGCAAUGUGAAAUGAGUGAGUGGGGGCCCUGGGGGCCCUGCUCCAAGAAGAGGAAGCUCUGUGGCUUCAAGAAGGGCAACGAAGACCGAACGCGGCGGAUUCUGCAGGCUCCCUCCGGAGACGUGUCCCUGUGCCCUGCCACCACGGAGGUGCGGCGAUGCACCGUGCAGAAGAACCAGUGCCCUGAAGGGAAAAAGAAGAAAAAGGAAGAGCAAGGAAAGCAAGACAACGCGAAUGGGAACAGAAAUCAGAAGGACACCAAAGACGCUAAGUCCGGCACCAAGAAGAGGAAGAGCAAACAGAGAGGGGCCGCGGUCCCCGCGACGUCCGCUAGCCCUGCCCAGUAGCUGCCCCUUUACGUCACCUGAAGGCAAGACUUCGUUGCUGCUAUGUAUAUGAAAGCUUUAUUGAACCAGAGCACUGCUACACAACACGUACACAUGUCCAGAAAGACAGAUAUAUACUCCCAGACCGACCCGCAGACCCGACAGAAACCACACAGACGGUAUUUAAGGAGGCUGCACACACACGCACCGCCCAGGAUCGCAGAAGGACGCUGCCAGAAGAGGAGCGGGGGCGCAGACGGAGGGGACCCCACCUCCCCAGGGCUCCGCGGGGGACCCUGCGGGGAGGAGAGGGGGAGGACGAGUCAGCAAAGGACCCAGACAUGAGACUUCAUGACCAAAGGCCUCAACUUGAGACCGGGCGCGUGGCCCCUGCGCAGCACGGCUGUGGCCAGAGGGACGAGACCGGACCCGCACGGCCGCUUGCCCCAACCUGGGACCCGGACUCACACAAAGGCAGUGGCCUCUUUCUCUUCCCCCCACCCUUUAUUUUUGUGUUUUAAGCUGUAUGACUUUAUCAUUGCGAAUACAUGUUAAACGUUUGUGGUAAGAGGUCAGUGGUAUCUGCCCUGAAUCUGCUUCAAAGAGUUAUUUCAAAUUAAAAAACAAAAAACGACAACCAGCUUCCUGAGUGUGUGGUUCAUGCCUUGGCCCCUAUGGAGGCUGGUGUCCCACAGGACAGAGACUCACUUGUGGAAGGGAAACUCACCAAAGCUUUAAGAAAAUCCCAGAACACGUUGCCAGCUGUCCUGCGCUCGCAGGACCCCAGCUGUGCUCCGCGGAGCCCCCGAGGAAUUUCCCACUGAAGGAUCCGGUUCACAUGCAGCAGACUGAGCAAAUGAGAGGUUACAACAAACCACAGGUUGCCGAAACGUUGUGACUCCGCUCGUACAGUCACAGCUGCAGGACUCCAUCCCGGGCCAGGGACACGCUCGUCCGUCCGCUGCCCAGGCGCGUAGCAGGAGGGAAGGCAGGCGGGAGGGGAAAGGCACAGUUCGGGCUCUGCAGAAGAGAAGCAAACUUUUAAGUUUGGUAGAAACUACUGGCCUGCAUGGCACCGACUGGAAUUCCCUGGAUUCAGCACGAGCCAACACCUGGGCAGAGGGACCGGGACAAGGACCGUGUGGGACGAGGACCCGGGGAGACCCCCGCAGGGUCUCGGCACGGAGAGCUUUGCCC